ACCCAGCAGCAGCAUCAGUGCUGAUCAUUCUUACAGGAGCUCGUACAGAGGAGCAGAAACAGCUGAAGAAACUUUCUUAAAACUCAACAUUUGACUCUCACACCUCAGAAAUGGAAGGAGGAUUGAUCGUGUUGGCCGCUGCGUUGCUGCUCUUUCUGUCACCAGAUGUCCAGGGAACGGCUCAUUUGUCUUUUUCCAAUAAUACACAGGUGAACAUCACUCGAGAUGGCUGUGGAGUCUCCAAACUGUGUGUGCAGACUCCAAAUAACUGCGACCCCUCUGGAAACUCUUCCUGUCUGUUUGUCUCCACGGUCUCCUCUGUCUCAGUGCCUCCCAACGGGGUUGACCUCUCCAUCGAGCUGAGCGGAGAGUCUGCAGGAUACAUCGCUGUGGGACUCACUGCCAACGCCUCAGAGGGUACCAGCAUGCUUUUCAUCUGCGCUCAGAACAGCUCGGACAACGGGACGUUCUUCUUCCGGACAAUGCAGAUGAACAACACUGACAAAAUGCUCACUCCAACUGAGAGGAGAGUGAAAGAAAUCCGUGGCAUGGUGAACGGAAAUAUGAUCAAGUGUGAGUUUACGGUCCCCAACGUGAACGCCUCCAACACCAGGAGCAGUGAAGACACUAUCUUCUCCGUCCUGCUCGGGAAAGGAAGCUUCGACGGAAGUGCUCUCGGUGCCUUCAAUCUCUUGAUCGGCAGCAAUCCACUGGACCUCACCAAACCCAACAUCCCCACCACAGCAGCACCCACCACCACAGCACCCAUCAACAACACCACCAUGCCCAACAACACCACCAUACCCAGCAACACCACCAUGCCCAGCAACACCACCAUGCCCAGCAACACCACCAUGCCCAGCAACACCACCAUGCCCAGCAACACCACCAUGCCCAACAACAGUGGAGCUCUCCAGCCUCAUGCCGUGCUGCUCCUGCUGAGCGUCCUCACGCUGUCCGUCCUGCUGAGAGUCUGAGAGGAGAGAGAGCUGUCCAGUUUGAUGCCAUGAAGAAAGAAAUAAACCGAGUGUCAAGCUAUUUAUUAAAAUAUUUUCACUGAACUCAUUAA